AUGUCAAUCACACAUACUUUGGUGACGUUGGGUUUAAAACUUCGACAGUUAACGGAUGGUAUUAAUUUUAUACAAUUGAUAUACAAUUCCGACAAUCAAAUUCAAGAUUGCGAUUAUGUUAAAGAAAAAAAAUCCGUUGAAAAAUUUUUAUUUAAUUUUUACGAGGAUUUAAAAAAUGGUUUCAUUAUAGAAAAAAGGCAAAAAAUUAAUAAAAAAUAUGAAUUUUACGAUAAAUCAAAUAAUAACUUUUUAACAAAUGAAAAAUUAAAGAAUUACGAUUACGAUGAUGAUGAUGAUUAUUACGAAGAAGAAGAAGAAUACAUUGAAAAUGAUGAUGAUGAUGAUGAUGAUGAUGAUGAUGGCGAUUAUGAUGAGGAUCGUAAUUUCGAAUUGUUUAAUUUUCAAGAGGAUGAUUUCGAUACGGAUUAUGAAAAAGAAUAUAGAAAUAUAUCGUUUCAAAUAAUUAAAAAUGGUGGAAAAUUACCAGGAGAAUUUUCAAAAUGGAUGAAUUAUACGAAUUUAAGGAAAAAAUGCAAUAGAAAUCAUAAAAUGUUUAAAAAAAAUUUAAUGUAUAAAAAUUCAUAUGGAAAUGAUUUGAAUGAUAAAGAUUUACCCGGAAAACACAUGGAAAGGGUGAAAAGAGGUUUUAAUAAAUUUUUCAUAUUUCCUGGAACAAAAUGGUGCGGAAAGAGUAGUACGGCUGAAAAAUACACACAUUUGGGAAAUUUCUACAAAGUUGAUAAAUGCUGUCGAGCCCAUGAUAAUUGUCAUCCUCUAAUAAAAUCCUUCGACUCAAAGUUUCAUUACUUCAACAUCAGACCAUUUACAAUAAGUCACUGCAGAUGUGAUUCAAGGCAAAAAAGAGAUAUUAUGGACGUACUACGAGUUCCUGGUACAAAAUGGUGUGGAAAAGGUAGGAGAGCAACAAAAUAUACAAGUUUAGGAGGAUUUAGUAAAACUGAUAAAUGUUGUCGGGUACAUGAUACCAUGUGUCCACACUGGAUAGGUAGCAUGGAAGAAAAAUAUGGUCUUUUUAACUGGAGAAUAAAUACAAUUAUGCAUUGUCGUUGUGAUAAAAGGUAA